CAGAUGUUACAUCAGGAAGACCACCUGAGAACAUUUUGUGUUGAGUAGAGACGAGCGCUAGCUUCAGGAGCAGGACACUACCAACGUUAAUGAUGAAGAUGAAGAGGGUCUUCCUCCCGCUUUGCCUGCUGCUGCUCACCGCCUGUUGCUUUGAUGCAUCACGGAAUCACGACGUUGAAGAAUCUCCAUACUGCUGCGUCGAAUUCAGCUCUGUUCGCCUGCCGCUGAGCCGAGUCAAGAACAUCAAGAAGACAGCUCGAUCCUGUCCGGUACAAGGAUUUAUAGUCGAGACUAGGACAAAGAGGAUCUGCUUGAGCAAAUCUUCCCCUUGGAGUCAGCAAAUAUUCAAUCGCUUCCAUAACUUGACCAAUACAGCAGACGAAGACGCUCAGCGCUGAAGAUCUGCAGUGAGGCUCUCUCUGCAGGAGUUACUAUCAUCUUGUAGAGUCAUUUAAGGGAUUUAUGUCACUAAGCAAACAGCAUUUCUGGGAGUUUCUAGGUAACCAAUAAAGUUUGUCAGGUUUUGAAGGGGCUCCUAUUUCUGUUUGCUGACGCGCACAAAUCUAGCAGCAUCUGCGAAACGGGCCGAGUGGAGGUGUGAGGUUUGACACCAUCACCUCACAGAUUCCAGUAAUUCAAACGUUCUUCUCUGUGAAUGCACGCUCUUGUCCUCCAGCGACAUGCACAGGCUGCUCUAAUGCAAAUACGAGUUGACUCAUCUGCAGUCAGUGACCUUUAGAUGGACCAGGAGAAGAAUGAACUUUGACCUUUGCUUAUGAUGGUUGAGAUGAACGAAGAAGAAAUGUAAAUGUAAAAUGUUCACGAUUGAUUCUCAUAUUUCAUUUAAACAGUGACAGAGAGUAUUUAUUCUGUGAGAGGAAGAGAGAUAUUUCUUCUCUGUCCUCAGCAUCAGCGUGAGCGUCGGCCUGUGAUGAUGAGAUCAGACGCGGCGCGGCGAGCUCUGCUCAGCCAGGAACUUCUGCCGACGUUUGUCCUCGCUCAGCCUUCAAUCAAACCACACAAACACAAAAUCUGAACUGUCACUUUUUUAAAUUUCACUUAUGAAAAAACAAAACAAAAGCAAAUAAAUGUGGUUUGUAAUCAA